AUGGAGGACUCCGGCUGGAACGACUCCACAGAUGUUCUUCAGGGCAUGGAUAGAUCGCAUCUCGAUCUCAAGUCCUCAUCUCUCCCCUUCGACUCAUCCCAACCCCUUCUAGACCUCCACCUCGGAUCAGACCUAUCUCUCGACACAUCCUCUUUUCUGAACCAGUGGUCCAACCCGAGAGAUCUGUACUAUUCAAACUACCCAUCCCGCCUAACAUCCGAUCAGGAUGCCUGGAAUCCACUCCUGCUCACUGGCGUCCCGGCCUCGUCGUCUCUGUCACAUAUGAACAUGUCCGCGCCCUUACCCGAGCAGGAAUACUGCCUAUCGCAUCAUCAAUAUAGUGACCCCUCUGAGAGUGGGAGUCAGUAUAUGGGUAGCUAUUCCGCGGAUUCGGGGUAUGGUAGUACGAGUUGUGCGGCUCAGUCGGUUGUCGCUUCGACUUAUGGGGUUGAUUCGUCUAGUCCGCAAAUGGGUGUGAAGGAGAAUGCGGCAGGUUCCGCGCCUUCUCAUACUCGUUAUGCGUCUGGGUCUGGGUCUUCGUUUACUUCGGAACUUGCUGGGUCGCCGUCGCAGAUGUUUGAUGGAGUUUUUAAGUGUGAUCAUCCCUCUUGUGAGUGGAGCGGGAAGUGUCCUUCGGAUAAGAGGAAACACGAGGCUCGCCAUCGCAAGCUGUUCAAAUGCGACGAACCGAAUUGUCCUCGCAAGGAAGGAUUCGGGACUAUCAAUGACCUUGCCCGUCAUAAGAAAUGCGUGCACAACAAGGAGCCUGAGCGUGGGCCCAAGAUGAUGUAUAUGUGCUUCGGCUCGAGCUGCCCACGGCCAAAUAAGAGAUGGCCGCGCUUGGAUAACUUCAAGCAACAUCUCAACCGGAUGCACCACGAAGAGGAUGGAGAUGCGCUAUUGAAGAAGUCUAUGGACUGGUACGACAAAGUCAACAGCCGUGAAGCAGGACAGAGCUUUGACGAGCGCAGCUCCCGAGAUGAAUCCGUUUCCGAAGAACAGGAAGAUGUAUUAUCGGUCCAAUCCACCACCGAGCUCGAGUCCGUCUUCCAAGAAAAGACAGGUCUGUUCACAUUCGGUGCCGCCACCCCCAAGUCCACCCAAUACGGUACAUCAAUUGCCGGCUUUGAACCAUCUCAAUUAUCUACCUUCAGCCCAUGGGGCUUGCCAUUAACAAGCCAAGAUCCCUCCAUGGAACGGGGCAAGGCAAAGCCCGACGGAUCCGUCACAGACGCAGCCGACAACCUCAUCAAUGCCAUGACGAAAAUGAUAAACAACCGCGGACGCAAAUCAAGUCAGAAUAUCGACGAGGGAAUCGAUCUCGAGUCCGACAACACUCAACUCUCCCACCCCCAAAGACAAAUGUUACAGAAGGUCUUCUCAGUAGCCCUGGAACGGCUAUCAGAUGACAAUGACUCCGCCACUCAAGACCCAAACAGCGACAAAAGAGGCUGGUUCCAAUGUGAUGCAUGCCCCAAGCGGACCCGGCUGCGCUGUGAAAUGAAGAAACACCAAAAACGCCACGAAAGACCAUACGGCUGCACAUUCCCGCACUGCGCCAAAUCCUUCGGCAGCAAAGCCGACUGGAAACGUCAUGAAACCUCCCAACAUCUCCACGUCCCAAGCUGGAUCUGCACAGCCCACGAUGCGCACAAGGGAGCCCCAUGCGAGCGGGUAUUCGGCAGGAUAGAAACAUAUACACAGCACGUGCGUGUGCACGGCAUUAAUGAAUAUGAAGUCGCAGCAUCGGCCAGCAAGAACAGACUCGAUCUGACAGACGGGUCACAGUUCUGGUGUGGGUUCUGUGAUCGACGGGUUCCCCUCCGGAGUGAUGGUGCUGCGGCUCUGGAUGAGCGGUUUAAUCAUAUUGAUCGGGAUCAUUUUAAGAAGGGGGAAAGGGGGCAGGAUUGGCGGUUUCCGUCUUCGUUUUCGCCUUCGGUUGAUGAAAUGGAUCAGAGUUUGGAUGUUGCGUCCCACGCUGGGUUGAAGAAUCCUCCUAGAAAGGCUGCUGCUGUUGGGCAGCGGAAGCGUAAGCUUGCUGCUGUAUGA